UCUCUCUCUCUCUUUCUCCCUCAUUUUUUUCUUCUUAUUUUAUUUUAACAGGAAAAAAAGAAGAAGAAAAGAAUGAGAGGAUUUGCAGUGUUGGUGUUGAUUCAGUCAAUCUUCCAUGUCACCUUUUGCUUCGAAGAUGGGCUACUACCAAACGGGGACUUCGAACACGGACCAAGCCGUUCGGACAUGAAGGGGACACAAGUGAUGAACUCCAAAGCAAUCCCCAACUGGGAAAUCUCCGGAUUCGUGGAGUACAUCCCGUCCGGACACAAACAAGGCGACAUGCUCCUGGUCGUGCCGAAGGGCUCGUUCGCCGUCCGUCUAGGCAACGAGGCGUCGAUCAAACAAAGCGUAAAAGUCGCCAAAGGCUCGUACUACGCCAUCACGUUCAGCGCGGCCAGGACCUGCGCGCAGGACGAGCGUCUGAACGUGUCGGCGGCUCCGCACCACGGGGUGUUGCCGAUACAGACGGUGUAUAGUAGCUCGGGAUGGGAUCUGUAUUCGUGGGCGUUCAAGGCGCAGGCCGAGUACGUGGAGAUCGUGAUCCAUAACCCGGGAGUUGAGGAGGAUUCUGCUUGCGGACCUCUCAUCGAUGGCGUCGCCAUGAGGGCUCUCUUCCCUCCUCGACCUACAAACAAGAACAUAUUGAAGAACGGAGGGUUCGAAGAAGGUCCCUGGGUCUUACCAAACGCGUCGUCAGGAGUUUUGAUUCCUCCAAACAUCGAAGAUGAUCACUCUCCGUUACCUGGUUGGAUCGUCGAAUCCUUAAAAGCCGUGAAGUUCAUUGACUCCGAUCACUUCUCCGUUCCUCAGGGCCGUCGCGCCGUCGAGCUCGUCGCCGGAAAAGAGAGCGCUAUCGCCCAGGUCGUCCGUACGAUCCCCGGCAAGACCUACGUCCUGUCAUUCGCCGUCGGUGACGCCAGCAACGCCUGCUCGGGAUCUAUGGUCGUCGAGGCCUUCGCCGGAAAAGACACCGUUAAAGUUCCGUACGAAUCGAAGGGGAAGGGCGGAUUCAAGCGCGCGUCGCUGAGAUUCGUCGCGAUCUCGAAUCGGACGAGGAUCAUGUUCUUCAGCACGUUCUAUUCGAUGAGGAGCGAUGAUUUCUCCAGUCUCUGUGGGCCUGUGAUCGACGACGUCAAGCUUCUCAGUGCUCGGAAGCCGUGAGUAUCUGCGGCGGAGACGGCGGUUCUCGCAUCGAUGUGCGACGGGAUAACGGUACACGAGCUUAUCGCUUCUCGUGAGAAAUUGGGUUUCUCGGGUUUGUCUUUUAAACGUUAUUGUUGUUCCCGGUGACACUGUUAGGAUCGGAGGGUUUGGUGGAGCCAUAUGUAUUGUGAUUAAUAUAAAGAUUAAUUUAUGAUUAAGGUUUUUUUUUUCUA